AUGCAGUUGGGCAGGAACAGGCUUCCCCACAGUCCUCCCUUUUCCCAGAAACAGCCUUUCCAGGAAGUGACCCGGAGGCUAAAUGAGGAAGACACUCACAAUAGAAAUCCGUCAGAAGGGAGCACCGCCCAACAUCCACACCCAGCUGAGACCCAAGACAAGGGUCAGGACCAGGACAUGAAUGGGAGGGAAGGACAGAAGGAUAAGUCCACGGUCAUGAUGCAUUUACAAUUCUUUGGCCUCAUCCAGGAGCUGGCCCUUCUGCUGGAGCCCUCCUCUUCUUUCUGGCUUGAAUUUUCCUUCUCAUGUUUCAUGAUUUCAAUUGGCUGCCCUGCUUCCUGGGGUCCUGCAGCUUUGAGGCAGAGAAGGAGGCAGGGGAGCAGCCAGCUCUCCUCUCCCACCUGCUUGGAGGCAGGCCUGCUCUGUGAAUACUCUCCCAUCCACAAGGAACAGAGAUGCUGGCCUGUGAAUGCCUCUCCUGCAAGGGGUCUUCCUUCCUUUGAUGGACAGAAGGCCAUGGGUGCACAUGUGGCUGGCCAAGAUGCUGCUGGACAAUAUCUGUUGAAGGGUGAGGUCACACCUCCUUCCAGCCUGACGGAAACAAGGAGCUGA